AACGGCCAGCGUCCCUGCACAGAGGGAGGGGAUCCUCCCAACGGCCAGCGUCCCUGCACAGAGUGAGGGGAUCCUCCCAACGGCCAGCGUCCCUGCACAGAGUGAGGGGAUCCUCCCAAUGGUCAGCGUCCCUGCACAGAGGGAGGGGAUCCUCCCAACGGCCAGCGUCCCUGCACAGAGUGAGGGGAUCCUCCCAACGGUCAGCGUCCCUGCACAGAGGGAGGGGAUCCUCCCAACGGCCAGCGUCCCUGCACAGAGUGAGGGGAUCCUCCCAACGGCCAGCGUCCCUGCACAGAGUGAGGGGAUCCUCCCAACGGCCAGCGUCCCUGCACAGAGUGAGGGGAUCCUCCCAACGGCCAGCGUCCCUGCACAGAGUGAGGGGAUCCUCCCAACGGCCAGCGUCCCUGCACAGAGUGAGGGGAUCCUCCCAACGGCCAGCGUCCCUGCACAGAGUGAGGGGAUCCUCCCAACGGCCAGCGUCCCUGCACAGAGUGAGGGGAUCCUCCCAACGGCCAGCGUCCCUGCACAGAGUGAGGGGAUCCUUCCCAACGGCCAGCGUCCCUGCACAGAGUGA